GCUAGGGCCAUCUCUCGGACGCGUCGUGUGGUCGACUAGCCCGUGCACGUCUCAGUCAGAAGCGCCGGGUAAUUUGCAUUAGCGAGCGCCGAUCCGGAGAUUGUCAAAGGUUUAGUUCAAGUGAGGCCUCUUGGCACCAGUUUGUUUUCACGGAGUGGCUUCCGACAUACUCUGCAAUAGAUUUUACAUCACCACUGAACGCACAAACGCACUUCUCAUUUGCGGCGAGAUUGUUCCAUCUUAAUGGUAUCUGUAUGCUCCACUCAUCGUUCCAGUAUUACCAUUCGCUGUACCAGGCUUUCACUCUAGGCUUCGGACUUUAUGGCAGUCAAUUUCAGGACGCGUUGACAUAAUCCUGCCAAAGUGCUGACCAGAACCCAAGCGUAUAAUACACAUUCUACACUUUGGUAGCAAAGUUGAACGCAAGUCUGCAGCAUGGAUCGCCGAAGAAAAACGAGCUUCAGCUUUGUGAACUUGACGCACCCCGACGAUCUCAAGGAUGAAAACACGCGGCUACACAUUCGAUCUCUGGCCAUGACUGAAGUGGGUAAAUCACGAAGGAAACCCCGGACGAAACGAGAGCGCAACGAGAUCAUCCUAGAGUUUCGUAAACCGGAUGAGAUGAGGCUUGGAAUCGAGCGAUUAGGUGGACAGGUCGAUCCGUUCAGCCCUUAUCCUUUCGAUCUGGACGAAUCUGCUCGCAUGCUAGUCGCAAAUAUCUUUAGUCCGAAUACCAACCAUGCGAGUCAGUUGCUGGGCUCCUGGUAUCCUGUUGGCCUCAGCAGCGCGGCAUCGUUCCACCAUGUUCUUGCAAAUUCCCACAACUUUCUAUCCCAGAAGCGCAACGGUCGUUUCCCGUCGCAGGAUGAUCAUGUAGCUCUCACUCACCGUCAAAAAGCAUUUCGUUGUACGAUUGAGAUGAUGAAGGAUUCAUCGAAACAUGAAAGCGAUGAAAUGAUCGGAGCAGUUGUUUCCAUGAUGAGUCAUCUUGCUUUAUUAGGCAGCUUCGAAGACGGGAACUGGGAUAAUCAUCGAAAUGCAUUUGCUAAGAUCAUCGCACUUAGAGGCGGUUAUGACACAGUUGUCAAUGAAAGCCUUAGGAUCACUAUAACAUGGGUCGAUCUCAUAGGAUGCUUCGCUCAGGAUGUUCCCCCUAUUGUUCCUAUGCCAAGCAGAUGGGAAUAUGACUCAAAGUCUCCUCAGCAUUCGCCACGGCCAUCUAGCGCCAUCUCCCUAUUAUGGAAACAACAAAUGAUAGGGAAUGUAGACUGGAUCUCUGUCUUCGACGACAUUGUUCAGUUCAUUUCACUGGACCGAACGUUUGCCGUAGAACAGAAGCAGCUAGCUUGCACAAGCGGGAGUUGGAUGGAGCCAACUGUGUACAGACUGCUAGCGAUACGACCAUUACGGAAUGGCAGCCAAAGCGAACAUGAGAUGGAAGAGAUAUGUCGACUAGGCACUCUCCUAUUCCUUGCCCCGUUUUGGAGGGCCCUCGGGCAGAAUCCGGUUCGGACAGCAGCCAUAUCGCGCAAUCUUUUCUUCCUUCUAGGGAGAAACCAUGUUGAAUGGGGUCAGCUGAAUCCCUUGCUUAUCUGGAUAUUGUACUUCGCCGCUAUUGAGACGGAAAAUCAUGUAGAGCGAAGCCACUUUGUCUCGAUGCUAUCAGCUGUACUAAAAAGUAUGAACCUUGAAGAGUGGGAUGAGAUAAUGCGGAUCGUGCAAGGAGUGCUAUGGGCAGAGAACAUCUUCGCGGGAAGCGACCGCCUAAUCUGCGAUCAAGUUAUGCGGGCUAUGAAUUACAAUUCUGUAGCACAUGGUUUGUUAGAAGCUGCGCCUGCCCCCAUUUAAUGGUACUAGUACGGCACCGCACAGCAGCGUUACUGUACUCCUCUAAUCAUAUCAGGCAAUAACCAUGCCCUUAAUCGUCGUCUCAAAUCCUUCCGGUUCCCUACCAAGCAAACGGC